UGAAUAGUCACUGUGUGUGCCCGUAGCCUUGUUGACAUGUUUUCCCUAUGGAAAUUCGGCUGUGUUUUAAAGGAUUUAAACUGGUGUACCAAGCGAACUGUGACCACGUGCGGGAUUGUUCUUAAGAAGUUUAAUGAGCCGUUGUCUGCCAACUCGAUGCCGAGAGGAGGUGGGAUCGCUUCCAUGAUGCGCUUACCAAUCGCUGAUUCUGCCAAAGGUUUAGACGCAUGUUUUCUUGGUGUUCCGCUUGAUACCGGGACAUCGUACAAGUCUGGAUCGAAAAUGGGUCCACGAUUUAUUCGGGUGGAGUCAGCCAUGAUUCGACAAGUAAAUAUUGACACAGGCGCAGCUCCGUUUGAGUCGUUGAUGGUAGCCGACAUCAGUGACGUUCCCGUGAAAACCUCCAAUCUACUGGAGUCAUGUCGUCAGAUCCGGGAACACCUUGCAGACGUCAUCAGCAAUGGCUGCAUCCCCAUGGUGAUGGGCGGAGACCACACAAUAUCUUACCCGAUUCUGCAAGCCAUGAAGGAUAAAUAUGGUCCAGUUGGGUUAAUUCAUCUUGACGCCCACUCCGACACUAUGGAGUCGGUAAUGGGGGAGAAAAUUGCAAAUGCCACGCCUUUCCGCCGAGCUGUAGAAGAUGGCUGCCUCGACACUAACAGAGUUAUCCAGAUUGGACUGCGGGGAAGUGGGUACUCUCCCUUUGACUAUGACUGGGCCAGAAAACAAGGAUUCCGAUUGGUUCUGGGACAGGACUGCUGGGGGAAGUCCCUGGAGGGUCUGAUGGUCGAGGUCCGUGAAAUGAUGGGAGAUAAGCCAGUCUACAUUUCAUUCGACAUCGACGCCAUGGAUCCAAGCUACGCACCAGGAACAGGUGUUCCAGAGAUCGCUGGCUUGACGCCGCAACAGGCAUUACAAAUCAUCCGAGGCUGUCGUGGUCUCAACAUCGUUGGUGCUGACGUCGUGGAGGUGUUGCCUUCAUACGAUGCAGCAUCUAUCACUUCCAUCAUGGCGGCUAACCUUCUGUUUGAAAUUUUGUGCGUUCUGCCUGGGGUAAAAUAUUACGACAGAGAGCAGACCUGACUGGCCAACUCUUGUAAAUCGACCAUUUUAGCAUUGUUUAAAGAACAGUAUAUAUGUAUAUACAUGGAACACAUGGAUCGACCAUUUUAGUAUUGUUUAAUAAACAGGACAUAUUUGUAGAUCAGGAACACUUAUAAGUCAACCAUUUUAGCAUUGUUUAAUAAACAGGACAUAUUUGUAGAUA